AUUGCCUUGAGGUGAGUGCACAUAGGGGUUUACAUCCUGGAAUCUUCUUUUUAAGAAUCUGAAACAAGGGACUCCUCUCUGUCUUGGACAUGGCCAACCGAGGAGCAACUAGACCCAAUGGACCCAAUGCUGGAAAUAAAAUAUGUCAGUUCAAGUUAGUUCUUCUAGGAGAAUCUGCAGUUGGAAAGUCAAGUCUUGUGCUUCGUUUUGUAAAAGGCCAAUUUCAUGAGUUUCAAGAAAGUACAAUUGGCGCUGCUUUUCUAACAUCAACUGUAUGUCUUGAUGACACAACAGUAAAAUUUGAAAUUUGGGAUACAGCUGGUCAGGAACGAUACCACAGUUUGGCGCCAAUGUAUUACAGAGGGGCACAGGCAGCUAUUGUUGUAUAUGAUAUUACCAAUGAGGAAUCCUUUGCAAGAGCAAAAAACUGGGUAAAAGAACUCCAGAGGCAAGCAAGUCCUAACAUUGUAAUAGCUUUAGCAGGAAAUAAAGCUGAUCUAGCUAACAAAAGAGCUGUAGAUUUUCAGGAAGCACAGUCUUAUGCGGAUGACAACAGUUUGUUGUUUAUGGAGACAUCAGCUAAAACAUCAAUGAAUGUAAAUGAAAUAUUCAUGGCAAUCGCUAAAAAGUUGCCGAAGAAUGAACCACAGAAUGCAGGGGCCAACUCUGUUAGGGGAAGAGGAGUAGAUCUUACUGAACCAACACAACCAACUAAGAGUCAAUGUUGUAGCAACUAAAUCUGAAUUCAGCUGCUUUAAACUGUCUUGAAUAUUCUUCUGCUUCCUAACUUGUUAAUAACAAUGGGAUUUGGAGUGUUUAACCUGGCCCAAUACAGCUUCCAAAAUCGAAGAGACUUACGAAAUAGUCGUUUCUAAUACAGAAUGAUUUUGUCCUAAUUUUUAAUAACAUGCAUGUAUCACUGGCUGUUAUGUUUCAGCAAAAGGGGUGGGGGUGGGGGAAAGGAAGCUGAAUAGACUUGUUUCAGUCGAAAGGUUUAUAAACUGUUACAUGUCAUUAAGGGUAGAGACUGAACUGCUCCAUGAAUCUGCAGUUAACCAGUUAGUUUCUCAAGCUUUAAAUAUUGGUUACUGUUAAAAGUGUAAUGAACAGAAUUGAAAUUCUCCAUUUGUGGUAUGGGGAAAAAACCCUAACUAUAACACACCUGAAGAUCUUAUAAGCUUAUUCACAGUAUUUAUGCAAAAUAUUGUUUAUGUGGGUAUCUACCAUUUAAAUAUACAUUCCACAUUUUCAUAAUUUAACUAAAAUAUGUGCAGCAUUAAUAAUUUUACUGAUCCUGUGCUUACAGAACAAUUGAUCUUAGUUGUUACACUAUAUGUAAUUUUUUUUCAAUCCAGUUUAAAGGUUUUUUUUUAAAAAAUCAAGUUUAAUUCAAUUUUUGUUCUGUUUGUAAAACAGCACAACCAAUGAAUUCAACUCUGAAAUUCACAAAGAUUCUUUAUAAAGCUGUUGAAAUCUGUGUCCAACAAAAACUGGGUAUCUGAUUGUUUUUAAUCAUUGUUGACCAUAACAAUUAUCUUUCCCCUAAGAAUAAAAUUGGUCAGUGCACUAACAAUUAUGUACAUUCAACUUGAUUUUAAAUUGGGAUAUUAAUGUACUGUAAAUAGGGUACUACAUUGUAGUCUACAUCUGUUUAAUACUCUGUACUAUUUAAGAGUUGCUUAAAAGUAUACAAUAUGUACAGUUGCUCUAAAGAGCUAACAUUUCUCUUCCCCCAAACUUUGAGGGGAUUAAGUUCUUCCUUCAUGGCUAGAACAGUAAUAAAUGAUGCUCCUGUACCUGUAACAUAUGUACUACUGUCUGUCUGUAAUGAAUUCUGCAACUUUGUUUUCCAAAGUCCAUUUUAUUUUGAUCUGUCGAGUAUAUUGCACUAAUUCUUUAGUUAUUUUCAUUAUAUGAAAUCUACCAAGUGUCAGAGAAGAUGAUUUAAUCUAUUUAAAUGUUGAACUGCUAGCAGAAACUUACAUGUGCAGAUUGUAAAUUUGCAGUAAUUUGGGCUUAGCAAGGAAAAUGACAGUUCACCAGUGUUUAGUUUUAUAUUGAGGUGCUCAGGUUUGAAUAAAGUGGUAUAAAAAAGGAAA